AUGGGUGACAUCGGCACGCUCCCGGAGCGCGAGGCUCUUGCUCUUCGGACUCUCCCAGCAAUGACAUUGUCCUAUCCCUCCAAUCCGCUCACAGCAGCCCCUCCGUCACUCUACCCCACCCUUUCUGCCGCCGACCGCGCUCUCGCCCGCUUUGCCGUCAAAGGUAAUGCCAUCAUCACCGGCGGCGCUGGAGUUCUCGCUCUAGCCUCUGCUCGCGCUCUCCUUGAGCAUGGGGCAAGGGGCGUUGCCCUCCUCGACCUCGAAACCACUCUCGCAAAGUCCCAACCUGCCAUUCAGCUUCUCCGCUCCGACUUCCCUGCUGCCCGUAUUGUCGAUCUACCUUGCGAUGUCACCUCGGAAAAUGUACCUCUUAUCAUACGGGACGCCGUCGUCGCUCUCAACACGCCCCAAGGCGAUGUAGAUCCAUCCUCGUCCGAAUGUGCCAACCCCAGAAUAUCCAUGCUCCUCUGCUUCGCCGGCAUGGUCGGCUGCGUGCCCACCAUCUCCAUGUCAUCCAGCCAAUGGCGCAAAAUCAUGGAUGUAAACCUGAACGGCGCGUUCCUGUGCGCGCAAUCCGCCGCCAAAUACAUGAUGCCACCUCCCGACCAAAACUACAACGACGGCUCUCUCAAUCCAGAGCUCCCGGGCGGCCGCAUCAUCUUCAUCUCCUCCAUGUCCGGCCACAUCGUCAACUUCCCACAACCUCAGGCCGCCUACAACACGUCCAAAGCCGCGCUCCUGCACCUGAAGAACAGCCUCGCGACCGAGUGGGCGCAAUACGGCAUCCGCGUCAACAGCAUCAGCCCCGGGUAUAUGGACACGGUGCUGAAUGCGGGCGACAAUCUGAAAGCGGUCAGGGAUCUGUGGGCGAGUCGCUGCCCGAUGGGAAGGAUGGGCGAUGUGGAGGAGUUGACGGGCGUGGUGGUGUUGCUCUGCUCCGAGCGCGCAGGCGGGUAUAUCACCGGUGCGGAUGUGCUUGUUGAUGGGGGCACGACGUGUUUCUGA